AUGCGGACGCAAAUUUCUGUGGAGAAACUGCACAAACCGGCACAGCGUGGGAAUGAGGCACACGGAAUGGAGCAAAAUUUUGAAGAGGUUAUUGCAAAGUAUGCACACAUAACACCGCAUGAAAGGGCAAAAAGGAAAUUGGAGAACCUUGAAGUUCUAAAGAAAACCUUCAAGAAGUUGGACCAUGAUGUAAAUAUAGAGAAUUUUAUGGGUUCAAGCUAUUGGAGUGAUCUGGAUAAAAUCAACAAUGUAGAAUACCUCAGGCACAUUGAAGACUUGCUACGAGAAUCAGUUAACCGAUUACAUCUGCAUAAGGAAAACUUGGGACAACACCAACUAACGUCUCUAGAAAGCACUAUCCAGGUGGUUAAAGCGAAGCAAGCUCGAGCUGAAGAGAAGCGAGGUGUUCCUUUGUUUAAGCAGCAGUGA